AAGGGCUGUCCUGGUUGGCUGGGCUGUGGCCCAGGAGGUCUCAGCUCCCUGCAGGUCCCCUCAGCCUCUCCUCUCCUUCCACCCCAGGCUGCCGAGUGCAUCCACCCCACAGAGCCCAGGGAACGUCAGCCCCGGGCCCUGACGCUUCUCUGUUCCAAUGGAGAAAAAAAACCAAGAGCCAAAUUCUUCAAGCCAGGUGGAAGCCCUGAACAUCUGCAGUGAUUCAAAGGAACAGUCCAAAUGGGGGUCCUACAGAACCGAGUCAGACUGGAGAACAUCCCCCAAGGUGCGUGUUCUCCUCGCUCUGAGUGUGUUCCUGGGGAUCCUCACCUUGAGCCUGCUUAUGGCACUGAUUGUUCUCAGUGUGAGACCCCCUUUCCCUGAGCCGGAAUUCUCCCACAUGUGCCCAGACACCUGGCCUGGUUUCCAAGGAAAAUGUUAUUAUUUUUCUGAGGCUGAGGGCAACUGGACCACGGGCCGGGCAAGGUGUGAGGCCCUGGGAGCUUCCCUGGCCACCAUAAGCACGAAGGAGGAACUGGCCUUCCUUCUGCGCUAUAAAGGCGAAGCAAACCACUGGAUCGGGCUGGGAAUGAGGGAUAACGGCUGGGAGUGGAUCAAUGGCACGGCCUUGAACGGCAGGUUUGAGGUGAGGGGUGUGGGGCCCUGCGGGUACCUCGAUGACUGGUGGAUCAGCUCGUCCCUGUGCCACAGGGAGAAGAACUGGAUCUGCAGCCGCCCCGACAACUUCGUCCUGUGGGAGGGGAAAUUAAGAGACCCCAAACCAGGACUUUCAACCUAAAUCUCUGACCAGAUGGGGGGGCUUCACUCCAGCACUGCAACUGAAAUUUUCAGGGUGAAUCCAAAAAAUCAGGUACAAGGAACUGGUGCUAUCCCCUAUCCUUUGGACCUUUUGAGCAGCACAAGUGUGGUUUGCACCACAGAAAACUUGCUCAAAAGGUUUGCACAAAUGCAAAUGGUAUUUAUACAAUUUGCCUUAAAUGCA